UAAUUAAUGAAAGUAUUUGCAAAAGGGUUGAAUUUUAUGGGGUAAUUGGGUUAAGGGAAUUUUAAAAGUUUGGAACAUUUUGCAUUAAUACCUGAUUUAUCAAAUGUUGGAGUAAAAUAAUUAGAAGCUAAUAUGACACAAUCAUUUGCAUUAUUAUAAGAUGGAUAAUUAUUACAUUGGGGUUGGCAAUUAGAUGCAAUGACAGAGAAUAGAACAUUAUCUUUUUAUAAAAGAAAUCCAACUUUAUGUUAAUUAUGGCAAGUAUAUAAAUUAUAAUGAAUUAUAGAAAUACUCUCCACUUGGUACAAUGUUAUCAAUGAGAGGUGGUAUAGUUUAACCAGUUUUAUUAAAUAAACCAAUUAUAGAUGCUCCAAUUAAAUCAUUUGGAGUUGGAGGUAGUUUUAUAAUAAUUUAAAUGAAUGAUGGAGUUUGUUAUGGGAUGGGAGAAAACUAUAAAGGAUAGUUGGGAAAUGGUGAAUUAAAGUAUUAAUUUUAGUUUAAAUAAUUGUAAUUACCAACUAAAGAUAAAGUUAUUUAAGUAGCAUGUGGUUAUUAACACAGUUUAUUAUUGACUGAAGGAGGAGUUGUUUAUGGAUCUGGUAAAAGAAAUCAUUAUUAAUUUAUGGAAACAAGAAGAAAAGAUUAAAAUUAAAUCUUCGGUAUUGAUUUCAAUAUUUAUAAUUGUUUUUAGUUGAAUUUGUUUAGAAUAGACAGUUAAUGGAUAUAGGAAAUCAAAAAAUAUCAAAAAUUAGUUCUGGUGCUCAUCACACACUAUUAUAAGUAUCUGAUAAUAGAAUUUAUGCUUGUGGUUUAAAUAUGUAUGGAUAAUGUGGAAUGAAUAAUGAAAUUGAUAGAAUUAAAGAACCAACAGAAGUGUUUUUAGAUUUAUAACCAGAUGAAUAUAUUCAAUAAAUUGUUUCAGGUCAAGCACACAAUCUUGUAUUAACUACUAAAAAUAGAUUACUCUUUUUUGGUUGCUUAUUACAUAAUCAAUUGGGAAUUAAAUCCAAAUUUGAUUUUGAAUUUAGUGGCUAAACUGAAAUUUAUUUACCACUUGAACAUGAUGAAAAAAUUGUUAAGAUUUAUGCUAAAUUUGAUAGAUCUGCUGUUUUAACUAGUAAAGGAGAUUGCAUUAUUUGGGGAGGUGAAGAUUUAAGAUAUAUGGAUAUUCCAUUCUAUGAAACAUACACUAGGUUGAUUCCUGAAUUAGGAUUAUAAAAUAUUUAGAUUAAAGAUAUUGCCUUAGGUUUUAGCCACAUCAUGGUUUUAACUGAUUGA